CCCACGUUGAGGACAGACACUCUUUGCUUUGUUGAUUGGGGGAAUUCAGAUCAAAUGUAUAUCACUUCCAUGGCAGAUCUACGCAAAUAGCUCUCUACAGUGGGGAGAGAAAAACCAAGAAGAACCCACAAAGAUAUUGCAGGGCCUGGUGGUGACAUCACAGAUCAGGCCUCACAGGCAACCACAGAACCACAAGCAGACUGCAAUCAACAAUUUAGAAGGAGUACCCGAACCUCGACAGGGAGGUUUACCUCCUCCUCGUGUUUUUCCACACCAGCCGUGUGUUUUGGAUCUGCAUAAGGAGUGUAAGGCUCAAAGACAAUCUGGGUCGUAGAUUUGGGUCAUGGCUUCCAACAGCAUAUUUGAUUCCUUUACAACCUAUUCUUCAACCUUCUUGCGUGACCCCAGCACCAGCAGGCGCUUCACACCUCCCUCCACGGCCUUCCCCUGCAGCAAGAUGGGCGAGAACAGCGGCGCCAUCAACGCGCCGGCCCCGGGAAGUCGCAGCCGGCCGGAGGCGCGCUCCGUGGUGGACGUCCUGGCCGAUCACCCCGGCGAGCUCGUGAGGACCGACAGCCCCAACUUCUUGUGCUCCGUCCUGCCUUCGCACUGGAGGUGCAACAAGACGCUCCCCGUGGCCUUCAAGGUGGUUGCCCUUGGAGACGUGCCUGAUGGCACUGUGGUUACUGUCAUGGCCGGUAACGAUGAGAACUAUUCAGCGGAGCUCCGGAAUGCCUCUGCGGUCAUGAAGAACCAAGUGGCCAGGUUUAACGACCUUCGCUUUGUUGGACGGAGCGGCCGAGGAAAAAGCUUUACAUUGACAAUUACAGUCUUCACAAACCCCACCCAGGUUGCUACCUAUCACCGUGCCAUUAAAGUGACUGUUGAUGGACCCCGGGAGCCAAGAAGGCAUCGACAGAAGCUUGAAGAGCAAACCAAAACCUAUGGGGAUCGUUUUGGGGAGCUGGAGAGGUUGCGGCACCCAAUGAGGAUCACUCCCACCACCCCCAACCCCCGAGGAUCUUUGACUGCUCCUGGACACUUUGGGACACAAGCACAGAGUCAGAUCCAAGGUACAUCUGAAUUGAGUCCGUUCUCUGACCCACGCCAGUUUGACCGGUCCUUUUCUGCAUUACCAGGCUUCACCGAGACCAGGAUGCAUUACCCCGGUGCAAUGUCGGCAGCCUUCCCUUACACAGCCUCACCUUCCGCCACUGGAAUUGGUGGCAUCAGCAUGACCAGCAUGCCCGCCACCACUCGGUUCCACCAUACCUACCUUCCUCCACCAUACCCCAGCUCCACCCAAAACCAGAGUGGACCUUUCCAGACCAACCCUUCCCCUUACCACUUGUACUAUGGCACAUCAUCCGGGUCAUACCAGUUCUCCAUGGUAGCGGGGGGAGAGCGCUCACCAACGAGGAUGCUUCCCUCCUGCCCAAGUGCAUCAGCUGGAAAUAACUUAAUUAAUCCUAGCCUUGCCAAUCAGAAUGACGGCGUUGAGGCGGAUGGCAGCCACAGUAACUCACCUACAGCCAUGACAACUUCCGGGAGGAUGGAUGAAGCUGUCUGGAGACCGUACUGAAAGAGGACUAGGAAACCAGAUGCCUUUCACCCUUUUUAAAAUUAAUUAAAAUGCCCAACAUGUGCUAUGUUAGUUGGUCAUUAGAAAGGAGGCGAUAACGAAAAGGAGCUGUCUACAACUUUUCCUAAUGCGCAUCACAUUGCUCUUGUAGAAAAUAUAGGUUGUUAAGUUAAUUCAGCAAAUGGAGACUGGAGAUGGGCUGAACUUUGUAUACAUUUCAGACAAAACCCUCCCUCCCUCUUCUUAAAGUUCCUCUUGACAAAUCUCGAUUGUGUAUGCAAUGUACAUAGGAAUGUACAGAUUGGAAAUGCUCUGUUCCUUUGUAGUGUUGUGGCUGAGUGUGAAAAGCCCUAGUCAAUCAUCUCAAAGGUCAUGAAAUUUUAAGAGUGAAUGAAUGAAUGAA